AUGCCUAUCUCUAUCCCCAAGGGCGAGAAGCUUAUGGACCUGCUCUCCAUGAAGGGCAAGGUCACCAUCGUCACCGGUGCCUCCGGUCCCCGUGGUAUGGGCAUUGAGGCCGCUCGCGGUAUCGCCGAGAUGGGCGGUAACGUUGCCCUCACCUACGCUGGCCGUAAGGAGGGUGGUGAGAAGAACGCCGCCGCCCUCGAGAAGGAGUACGGCAUCAAGGCCAAGGCCUACAAGCUCGACGUCGCCAACUACGAGUCUUGCUGCCAGCUCGUCAAGGACGUCAUUGCCGACUUCGGUCAGAUUGACGCCUUCGUCGCCAACGCCGGCAAGACCGCCGACUCUGGUGUUCUCGAUGGCGAGAUCUCCGCCUUCGAGGAGGUUAUCCAGACCGAUCUCCUCGGUGUUGCAUACUGCGCCAAGGCCGUCGGCCACCACUUCAAGGAGCGCAAGACCGGUUCUUUCGUUAUCACCGCCUCCAUGUCUGGUCACAUCGCCAACUUCCCUCAAGAGCAGACCUCUUACAACGUCGCCAAGGCUGGCUGCAUCCACAUGGCCCGCUCCCUCGCCAACGAGUGGCGCGACUUCGCCCGUGUCAACUCCAUCUCCCCUGGAUACAUUGACACCGGUCUUUCUGACUUCGUCGACAAGGAGACCCAGAAGCUCUGGCACUCCAUGAUCCCCAUGGGCCGUGACGGUGACGCCAAGGAGCUCAAGGCUGCCUACGUCUACUUCUGCUCUGACGCCUCUACCUACACCACCGGUUCCGACCUCGUCAUUGACGGUGGUUACUGCGCCCGCUAA